AUGCAAGCAAUGAAAUCCCCUUCAACACCAAUCAGAAGGCCUAAUUGGAGUUCGGAAGGGUUUUCUAACAAUGGAUUGGAAAUUUUAGAUCAUAGCAAUGAUGCUGAUAAUCAUGAUGAACAUGUUGCCUUAUCUCCAAGUAAUAGCUCAUCAAUGAGUAGAACAAUAACACCAGUUUCAAACAGUGCACGUCAUCAGAAUAUAAAGCCACGUUCAAUGGCCUAUCGACAACAGCUUCAACAACGAGCAGCAAGUACAGGUAGUAGUGUAUCUUCAUCUCAAUCAAGAUCCAGUACAGCUCAACCUCUCGUGAGGAGAACGCAGAAUAGUUCUUCUAAGGGAUCCUUAACUAUUGAAUCGGAUGCUAGACUUGUACAUUCUUCUGGAAGAUCUUAUUCUGGAAUUGAUAACAGCGAAAUUUCCAUAACACCAACAACAAGUAAUCAGUAUGAUAAUAAUAACUCUGAUAUUCAAAAUUCAUAUCGUGGAUCUGAAUCUACAAUUGUAAAUCAAUCUCUAACUGUUCCAUCAAAAUUAUUAAGAAAUCCAUCAAAGGGUAGUGUAGAAUUUGAAGAUAGUAUUCAUUCGAGACAAAAUCUGGAUGACAGUGGUAAUUCGAUUAGCACUGCCAAUGAUUCAUUUGCUUCUGAAGUAUCGGUGAAUAACUCUGUAAGGUCCAAGACGAAUUCUCAAGUUAAUUUACUUUCUCCAAAUGUUCAAGGAUUGCCAAAAGCUGUAGGAAAUUCUUUUGAGGAUAGUAGAUUGGGUGCUGAAACACCUUACAGUGGAGAUAAUAACGGAACAAGAGAUUCUCUGCCAAACCUCUCAACUCCAAUGGUAAGACAUAUGGGAAGUUUCCAAUUCCAAGACGAGGAUUUAUAUGCUGGAAAGGUUAGAUUUGAACAUUUUAGUGAAAUUAUCAAGCAAUUGGAUGAAAUUAAGGGAAAGUUUGAUGAUAGAGUUAACGACCUUACUCUAGGUAUUACCUUUUUCGAUAAAAAUCUUCAAUCAGAACAAGCCAAAUGUAGAGAAUCUCUCAUUAGAGGAUUUAUUUCUGUAGUUAAAACUUUGGCUCAAGAGAAGAUUCCUGAGGUUUAUUUGAGAUCAGUCCCCAAGUUUGGAGGAAAUCCUUCAAUGGUUGUUCUACACAAGGCUUUAUUGGAAUUGAGGAGAGCAACUUCAACAAAUAGCCCUCAACAUUCCUUAGUAGUUAAAUUGGAUUCGGAAAUAUCUUUGGAAAUAGAAGACAUUGCAAAGAAAACUAUUGAUAAUAUUUUGAAGGACUUUAUUGGAAGCUUGUCAACAUCGAAUGACAGAAUCGCUAAGGGAGUCAAGACAAUGAAACAGACCAAUAAGAAUCUGGAAAUGAUGCUUCAUGAUUUAAAGUCUGAAAAUCUCUUCCUUUUGGAAAAAAUUAAUCACUUGGAAGGUGUGAAUUUGAUUCAACAAGAGGAAAUUGAUACGCUCAAAAUUGAAAUGUCCAGAAGAUCUGCAGAAAUGGACAUUAUUAAAGAGCAAGUGUCCAGAAGAGAUAAGCUUUUAGAUGAACAACGAUCUAACUAUCUCAACGAAUUGGUUCAACUUCAAAUGAAACUAUUCGAGACAAGUAAAUCACAAAAGUCUGGCACAAGUUUCAGACCACCAAGUUCAACCGGAUUUACAACACUUAAGGAUACCUCAUCAGCAAGGGCUCCAACACCAGUAUCUAGUUUUACAGUUCCAUACGAUGAACAAGAAGCUUCACACCAAUCCGAUCUAGAGCUAAGCAAAAUUGUAAAACAACAUCAAAGAGAAUUGGAAAAGAUGAUUGAAGAAAGAUUUGAAUCAUUUAAAAUUCAAUACUUGAAGGAGAAGAGAAAGAGCGAACGAUCUCACAAAGAAGAAUUGGAACACAGAGAAGUUGAAGUUAACAAGCUCAAAAAGACAAUUAAUAACCUUGAAAGGUCACUUGCCGAGAUGAGCUUGAAUGAGUCAAGGUUAGAUAAGAGAAAUCAAGAAUAUGAGUACUCGGAGGAUGAUAGUGAAGAUUAUGAUUCAGAUAAUAACUGA